ACAAUAGUGUGAGCGCAACGGAGAGUAUGAAAAAUUAACUCCAAUUGACUCUUUGCACAUUUAAUUACCAAUUGAAUAACUUAAGAGUAUGUCUGAAGCAACAUUUUUUGGAGAUAUAGCAUCGAAAAUAGAUGUGAAAUUAAAAUCGGCAUUGUGUUGCAAGAACCACUGAAAUAGUUAGUUGUGUAAAGGUAGAGACCUAAGCUACUAGUAAAACUAAUCACAAGUAGUGGAAAAACUUUUUGAAUUUGAGCUAUCGUAUUUUCUAUUAUUACAACCCCUGAUGGUAGGUCAGGUCAUUGACUUUACGAAAAAGAAAAACGUCAUUCAACUAAUCAUCCCGCUAGUAUUCCAUUAUUUCGUUUUCUUUACGAAAAUUCUUUUUGUUGUUUUUAUUGUGGUGUGUGGUGAUAAUCUUGAGAAUAGUAGACUCAGUUGGAUGCUGUGAAAGUAAUUCAUUACACAAGGACACAAUUUUGAAAGCGAACUCACGAAUGUGUUUUUGAGCUACAAGCUUCGUAACGGGUAAUUUCGACAAGUGUAGAGUUUGUAUCCGAGCCGAAGACGACGUCAUGCGUUUGAAAUUUUGCUUGAACUGUGUCAUUCUAUUAUCGGUCAUGCAAACGUCGUUCGGAUGGCGUCAAUUCUGGAAAGGUCGCCGUACCGGCGGCAAUGUCCGUGUAGCGACUGCUGGUAAUGUGCCAAGGUUUUGGUUUGCACCAAUCACAGAGUGGUUUGACCAAUUGCUAGACCAUUUUAAUACGACAAAUACGGCGACGUGGAAACAGCGUUUCUAUACAAAUAAUGCGUACUACAAGCCGGAAGGACCUGUCUUUUUGAUGAUUGGCGGCGAAGGAGCGGCAACAAGUGACUGGAUGACUGACGGAGCAUGGGUGCCUUAUGCUAAGGAACACAAAGCACUCUGUUUUCUACUGGAACAUCGUUUUUAUGGACUCAGUCAACCGACAGAAGAUUUGUCCACCGAAAAUCUUGUGUACCUGUCAUCCGAACAGGCAUUGGCCGACCUUGCCUAUUUCAUCAUAGCCAUGAAAAAGAAAUUCAACUUGAAUCAUGAUACGAAAUGGAUAGCAUUUGGUGGAUCGUAUCCAGGAUCGUUAGCUGCAUGGCUUCGUUUGAAAUACCCGCACCUAGUUCAUGGCUCCAUCAGUUCAAGUGGACCUCUUCAAGCUAAAGCUGAUUUUAAAGAAUAUUUUGAGGUUGUGAAGGAUUCUCUGGGUAGUCAUUCUGACGAUUGUGUAACGGCUGUUCGAAAAUCCAUACAGCAGGUGGAAAUUCUUCUUAAGCACAGAAUUGGAAGGACCAGUCUCAAUGAUAAGUUCGAACUUUGUGACCCAGUCGAGAAUUCAAUUGAAAAUCCACUGGAUCUUUCUACUCUCUUCGAGUCGUUAGCUAGUAAUUUCGCCCGAGUCGUUCAGUACAAUGACGACUUCAGGCAUGACAAUGCUGAAAAUGAUCCCAUGGACAUUGACGACGUCUGCCGAAUAAUGGUCAAUUCAACCAUUGGUACCCCAGUUGAUCGUCUAGCCGAAGUUAACAGACUUCUAUUGAUGGAAUCAGGGUAUACGUGUCUGGAGUACAAAUACGAUAAAAUGCUCGAUGAAAUGAGGAAUACGUCGUGGGAAGGAGAUGCUGCAUAUCUCGGCGACAGACAAUGGACAUAUCAAACGUGCACAGAAUUCGGAUUUUAUCAAACUUCCGGUGAUAAAAGUUUGCUGUUUGGCAAUCGAUUUCCAUUAGAGUUUUUCAUUGAGCAAUGCAAGGACAUUUUCGGGAAACAAUUCGACGGCAAGUUCCUCGACAAGGCAAUAUUUCGAUGCAACACAAAUUACGGAGCUCUGGAUGCAGAAACGACAAAUGUAAUCUACAUUCAUGGUUCUAUUGAUCCGUGGCAUGCGCUGGGAUUGACAAAAGCUGUUAACUCCCAAAUGCCAGUUAUUUACAUAAAUGGUACUGCACACUGUGCUAAUAUGUACGAUCCAGCAGACAACGAUCUGCCGCAAUUGAAGGCUGCUCGAGUUGAGAUUAAUAAAUUUAUUAAAAAUUUGAUUCAAUCAUAAGAAUGUAAAGCGGAUAUGCCAAAUUGAGAGAAAUAAAUUUUCCGAGAUUAUUUCGACAAAGUUCCUUUUAUCUGAUCCCCAGUCUUGUUGAUGGUCAUUUUGAUUUCGAUGGGUUUUUCGAUUGGUUUGGGUUUUGGUGGCGCCUUUGAUGAUCCUUUCUUCUU